AGUUUGCCUUCAGUUCGACACCUUGCAUCAAGCGAUUCGGAUGAAGACGUUGAGCAGAUUGACAAGAGAAAACUUUGGGCAGAGAGGAAGAAGAUAUCAAGGUCAGUAUCAAGCAGUAAAAUCUCCAAAGAUCCCAUCGGCGCAGCCUGUCCAUCUGGCUCGGAGAGCCAUUGUGGCAACAAUGGUGUCAUCAAAAGGAAAAGACACUAUUCUGCAGACAGUGCAAGGCGACAGAAAAAGGCAGCAGCUGCAUCCAGCAAAUGUAGUACAAGU